CUGGGAUAACAUCGUUUUCAGUCUUCUGUUAAACUUUUUGUAAACAAGGAGGAGAAUCCAGAAUUUCGGUGCAGCAAUUGAAUUUUAAAGCUUGAAUAUCUAUUUGUGGUGACACUUUGAGAGAAGGGAGAUGAGGGCCGCUGGGCUUCUGCUCUCGGUCCUUGGCAUCGCAGCUGUUUGGGUGGCUUUCUCCUGGAGAGACACCUUCGAGCCAGACAGCCUUUCCGGGGCCCGGGUUCUCUUGACUGGUGCCAGCGAUGGGAUCGGGGAACAAAUGGCCUACCAUUAUGCCCGGUUCGGGGCACAAAUUGUCCUCACCGCCCGGAGGGAGGCCAUGCUGCAGAAAGUGAUGGCCAAAUGCCUGGAGCUGGGAGCCAAGAAGGCCGUCUACUUCGUCGCAGAUAUGGCUUCUUCCGCAGAGCCAGAAAAGCUGGUCCAUUUUGCCUUGGAGGAACUCGGGGGCCUGGAUUUUGUGGUCCUCAACCAUGACGGCUCGAGCCCUUUUGAGAUGUGGGCUGGAGACAUGGACCAUCUGCGUUGGCUCAUGCAGGUGAACUUCUUCAGCUAUGUGGCCCUCGCCUCGGUGGCUCUCCCUCCCUUGGCAGAGAGCAAGGGUUCACUAGUGGUGGUCUCUUCCCUGACAGGAAGAGUGUCCACCCCCUUCGUGGCUCCUUACUCGGCCACCAAGUUUGCCCUGGAGGGCUUCUUUGGCUCCUUGCGCCACGAACUGGUCAUGCAGCAGAAAGAGAUCAGCAUCACACUCUGCUUCCUGGGCCUCAUCGACACCGAGUCGGCCAUCAGCAAAACGAAGGGCAAGGUGACCAUAACGGCUGCUCCGGCCUCGGAGGCCGCACUGUCCAUCGUGAAAGGCGGAGCCACCCGGGCACAGGAGCUCUUCUAUCCCUGGACGGUGCGGAUGAUGUUUCUGUUCCGUGACUUCUUUCCUGACGCCCUCAUCCGCAGCAGCUAUGUCAACCAGCCCGCCAGCGCCUAGACCUGAAGAGAACCCCUCCCCUCAAUGUAGGAUCCUUCCCGACAGAGGACCGUCCCUUGUACAGACACGAGCAGGUUCAUGGAGAAAUAGGACUACCAAAACCCCAUAUUCUAUAGAUCCCCAAGAACGUAGGAAGACACUCUUUGAUCCCUCACGACAGAUGGCCACCCAGCCUCAUAGACAUGAGCAGGUUCACAGAGGGCAAUAGGGGUAUAUAGACCCCAAGUCCGACCCCAUCAAUUCAAACAAAGGCACGAUCCGAUUCCUCCUGACAGGACCAUCCAACCUCAUAGCCGUGCACAGGUUCAUGGAGCGACAUACAGCUAUAGCAGUGCUUCUCAACCUUGGGUCCCCAGAUAUUUUGGGCCUACAACUCCCAGAAAUCCCAGCCAGUUUACCGGCUGUUAGGAUUUUUGGGAAUUGUAGGCCAAAAACAUCUGGGGACCCCAGGUUGAGAACCACUGAACUAUAGGAUUAUAGGAUCAUAGAGAUCCCAAGGGAAAAGGGGCUAUAGACUGAUAGAAUCAUAGAGCUGGGUCUUCAAGGGCCACCCAGUCCAACCCCAUGAAUACAAGAAGACACAAUCCGAUCCCUCCCAACAGAUGGCCAUCCAACUAACAGACAUGAGCAGAUUCAUGGGGAAAAGGGGCUAUAUACUAAUAGAAUUCUAGAGCUGGAGGGGGUCUUCAAGGGCCACCCAGUUCAAUCCCAUCAAUGCAGGAAGACUCAAUCUGACCGCUCCUGACAGAUGGCCAUCCAACCCCACAGAGAAAAAUAGGACUAUAGAAUCAGAGUCAGAAGGGACCCCCAAGGACCACCCAGUCCACCCCCUUUAAUACAGGACGCUUUACUUAAAAUCAUGA